AUGAGUGAAGGAAAAAAUCCUACGAUAUCAACCCAUCAGAAUUAUUACACAGAGAACAGUAAGGGUGAUGCUAUUGCUUAUAACGGGUUAAAAGCAGGCUUGAAGAACAGACAUCUAAACUUGAUAGCCUUAUGCGGACUUAUUGGACCGGGCGUCUUAAUAGGUUUUGCUUCUGCAUUGACUGCAGGUGGUCCGGUUGGACUAUUGGUUGGCUUUAUCGUUGUGGGUAUUCUUGUUCUAGCUAUGACGAAUUCCAUUGGAGAGGAGAAUUCAUUCAUGGAUCAAAACUUUGCUUUGAUGGGGUCUAGAUUCGUGUCCAAGGGAUUUGGAGCCACAGUGGGUAUCUACUAUUGCAUUAUAUGGAUUACAAACAUUAUUGCCGAAUAUACAUCCUUAACAUCUGCUAUGGAAUCGUAUACGGACACUGUGCCUACCUAUGGAUGGUUUCUAAUUUUCUGGGCUAUCUUUACAGCAUUCCAGUGUCUUAACAUCAGAUGGUGGGGUGAAGCUGAAUACUUCUUGGGAUUUUUUAAACUUGCUUUCUUAUCUGGCUAUUAUAUUUUUGCUAUCAUUUAUGCUGGUGGUGGUAUUAAAGGUCACAGUCCGGGAAACCCCUUUUUGAAUCAUCCUUUAAAUGAUGGAUUUAAAGGUAUUGCAAACUCCUUUGUUUAUGCUGGUGUUUUCUAUUCUGGUAUUGAAGGUAUCUCUGUCAUUGCUGCAGAGGCUAGAAAUCCCAGAAAGGCUCUUCCUACUGCAGCUAAAAACACCGUUUUCCGUGUGUUCUAUGUCUACUUUGGUCUUACCAUCUUCUACGGUAUUUCCGUUCCUUUCACUGAUCCUAUGUUACACGAUCCUAGUAAGGUGAUGCGUUCUCCUAUGACUAUUGGGCUAACCAACGCUGGUUGGGCAAAUUCUAAAUACUAUGUCACUACGAUGGUUUGGAUCACAUGCUUCUCUUCCAUUAACACAGGAAUUUAUUUUGCUUCUCGUUCCCUAUACACACUUGCUAAAGAAGGCUAUGCUCCUAAGAUCUUUACCAAGACAACAAACCGUGGUAUUCCUUACAUUGCCAUACAUACCUGUCAUCUAUUCGGGUUUCUAUCGAUUCUCUCGUACUCUACCGGCUCUUCCGUUGCCUAUUCUUACAUAGUCUCUGUUACCGGUGUUGCCUGCUUUAUAGUGUGGACUGCCAUUCUAUGGAUUCAUUUGAGAUUCAGGAAGGGACUAGAAGUACAGGGAAUAUCCACGGAUAUACUCCCAUUUAAAGCCAUUUUUUUCCCAUGGGCCAAUUACAUCGGUAUAACUAUUGGAAUUGUGUUAAUUUUGGUGCAGAGUUGGUCCUGCUUUAAGCCCUUCGACUACAAGACUUUUAUUGAUGGUUAUAUCAUGUUACCGCUAUUCCCACUAAUUUGGUUUUGUUACGAUAAGUUUCUGUUCAAGAAGACAGGACUUAUUAGAUACGAAGAUAUGGAUCUAACUUCUGGAAGAAGACCUGAUUUAGACGAUAAUGUAGGAAUCGCUUUGGAUAAUGUUGAAGGAGAAAUUGAAAUUAUGGGUACGAAAUCAGACUCUUCCAGACGUUUUGAAGAAAAGAAUACUUCCAUUACAGAAACUAAACAGUACUAA